GGGCCGCCGCCGUCCUGCAAGGAAAGCGAGAGGAUCGACUUUUUGCGUCUGAGCCACAUCGACUCGUCGCGAUCGACUGUUGAUGCCUGUCCCCGCAGACAUGGCGGCGUCCGCGGAUUCGCGCGAGCUUUUCGCCGACGCGGUGAGGGCGACCCUGAGCGCGUGGCCGGCCCUGCAGAUUGCGGUGGACAACGGCUUUGGGGGCGCGUACGGGCAACAGAAAGCCGACUGGCUGGCGGAUGUCGUCCAGCAGUACUUCCACGACAACCCUGACCUGGCGCAAGACGAAGUGGAAGAUUUCAUCGGCGCCCUCAUGGAUCAAGAGUUUCAUACCCUGGUGGAUGACGGCAGCCUCCCUCAGAUGUGCGUCCAACUAAUGCGGAUGUUCAGUCAGUGGCAGCAGGGGGCGCUGCAGCAACUGUCGCACUCGAUCCACCUGCUGACACAGAAGCAGGCGCCCAGGGCAAAGGUCACGGCGCCGCCCGGGCAGUCAGACUCGGACAGCGAUGGCCCAACUCAGGUGAGGUCACACGCGCUCGCCGAUUGUCUUCCCUACACGGCAGACACGAUUGACGUUUGGAAGUCGGCGCAACGACGUAACGCGCCCACGCUGAGCGGGCCCGCCUGCCCAUCCGGCUCUUUGACGCUCGGCUCGGCCCUCGUGAAGGUUGUCCGAGGAAAACCUCCGAAGGCCUUUUAG